AUGUCAAUGGCUUCAACUAAAAUUUUAGUCCCUUCCAAUUUUUCAUUCUUGAAUUCAAACCACAAAUUCACAUUCCCAAAAAUUAUAUCUUUUUCACUAUACUCAAACCCCAUUUGCAUUACAUGUUCAAAGAGAGUAAAAAGAAGAGGUAAAUUGAGAUACCCAUCAGAGAAAAAGAAGUUAAAACAACAAAAAGAAACUCAAAUUAAUGUUGAAAACAAAUUUGAAGGGAUUUGGAGACUAUCUAAGCUUAGUGUUUCAGUUCAUAAUGAUCCUGGAAAAGAUUUUUUGGAUGUUUCUGAUGCUUUGCUUCAAGAAAUUGCUAAAGUUCUUGAAUUUCCGGAUAUUUCUAUAAAAAUUAAAUCUUUUUCAUUAUACUCAAACCCCAUUUGCAUUACAUGUUCAAAAAAGAGUAAAAAGAAGAGGAAAAUUGAGAUACCAUCAGAGAAAAAGAAGUUAAAACAACAGGAAGAAACUCAAAUUGAUGUUGAAAACAAAUUUGAAGGGAUUUGGAGGGUAUCUAACCUUAGUGUUUCAGUUCAUAAAGAUCCUGGAAAAGAUUUUUUAGGUGUUUCUGAUGCUUUACUUCAAGAAAUUGCUAAAGUUCUUGAAUUUCCGGUUGCUUCAAUGUUGCCACAGGAAGCAUUUAAAGUUGUUAGAAAAUCUUUUGAUGCUCGCAAGUUGCAAAAGGAACAGAAGUUCGUAUAUACAGUUGAUGUGGAUGUCCAAAAACUACUAAUUUUAGAGCCUCGUACUUGGGAAUUCAUCUCCGAAUUGGAACCCAAAAUUGGCUUAAUUGAGCAUUUGCCUCAUGACAGAACUUCUGGUGACAUAAUGAGCAUAGUAAAUGCUUGCAGAAAGUCGGAUCAGAAUGCAACUACUACUUCAGAAAGAGGAGAUAGAAAUCUCAGCAAUGGAUCACAUAUUUAUCCGAGUGAUAGAAAACUGAAAGUUGCAGUUGUUGGUAGUGGGCCCGCAGGGUUGUUUGCUUCUCUUGUGCUUGCUGAAUUUGGAGCAGAUGUUACACUGAUGGAAAGGGGAGAAGCCGUCGAGAAAAGGGGCCGUGAUAUUGGUGCUCUGGUUGUUCGACGGAUAUUGCAAGAGGAGAGCAACUUUUGCUUUGGGGAGGGUGGUGCAGGUACUUGGAGCGACGGAAAGCUAGUUACUAGAAUUGGAAGAAACAGCGGUAGUGUUUUAGCAGUUUUGGAAACAUUGGUCUGCUUCGGAGCUCCACAGAAAAUUUUGGUUGAUGGAAAACCUCAUCUUGGAACUGAUAAAUUGGUUCCACUUCUUCAAAAUUUCAGGCGAUACCUGGAAGAGUUGGGUGUCGCCGUCAAGUUUGGAACAAGGGUAGAUGAUUUACUUGUCAAGGAUAAACAUGUGGUGGGAGUCAAAGUUUCUGAUUCAAGAGAUAACAGCUCACACUCCAUGAGCCAACAGUUGGGGUAUGAUGCAGUGGUUCUCGCAGUUGGGCAUUCUGCACGUGAUACAUAUCAGAUGCUUCUUUCUCAUGGGGUCAGCCUGGUUGAAAAGGAUUUUGCUGUUGGCCUGCGGGUUGAGCAUCCUCAAGAACUAAUAAACAGCAUACAGUAUUCUGGAUUGGCCAAUGAAGUUCAAAAUGGACGCGGGAAAGUGCCUGUUGCUGAUUACAAGGUCGUUGAAUAUGUGAAUGCAGUUGAUAUUGCUUUGCCUUCAAAUUCUGGAUUAACAAAUCGCAGUUGUUACUCGUUUUGCAUGUGUCCUGGUGGCCAGGUGGUACUAACCAGUACAGAUCCAUCAGAGCUCUGUAUAAAUGGCAUGUCCUUUUCUCGACGGUCAUCUAAAUGGGCAAAUGCUGCACUUGUUGUUACAGUCUCAUCAAAGGAUUUUGCUGCUUUGGACUUGCACGGACCUCUCGCUGGUGUUGACUUUCAGAGGAUGUUCGAGCGAAGGGCAGCUACAAUGGGUGGAGGCAAUUUUGUGGUACCUGUUCAAACGGUGACCGAUUUUCUUGACAACAAAUUGUCAGGUAGACCUCUUUGUCGGCGUUGGUGGCAUUACUGGGGGUUAGAUAUAUAAAUAAAUGCCCAUAGCUACCACUUUUGCAGGUUCAUCACU